AAGAAGCAAUAAUAUUUUUUGUAACAUUUAAAUUCUAGAAUGUGUAUGUGAUCCUUUUGUUUGUGAAAUGUUUGUUACCUUUUGGGUGUGUCCUUGUAGCGGCCAUCUUGGAACCUACCAAAGAGGAGGCCCGCCUCAAACCCAGCUCUUUUAUAGAAAGGCCCAUGUUUGCCGGACUUUGAUUGGCUGGGCAGUUAAUUGAGAAGCCAACUUUGAGGAGUUUUUUCUUCCACACCACACCUCUCAGUGUAACAGUGGUGUCAGAAGUGGGAUGGUUUACGCCUGUGAAUGAAGGAAGACGACAGGCUAAAUGAGAGGAGUAGGACGUGGUAGAACUCGUGGGACAAAGAAAAGCCCCCUUUCUGAGAUGGAAGAAGGACAAAGCGGAGGACCAGCAGAGCCGGAUUCAUUACCUGAAGGAGCCAUGGCUGGGGAAGACAUUUUUGAACCGGUUGUGCGGCCUAAGCAGACCACAGUUGGUGCUGUGAGUAAAGAACAUUCUGAAUCUGACAUCUUUGAUGAAAUAAGAGAAUUUAUGCGACGUUCUAAACGAACAGAAGCAAUACUGUUUGAUCAGAUUAAACAGUUGCGCAGUAACAUGCCAAAACUGCGAAGUGAUGUUUAUGCUGAACAUGAGCUGUCUAUCGAGACUGGCAUUUCUACAGAAGCAGCUUUCCCAAAGCGAGAGACUAGGACACUGUCUCAGCUGUCUGCAACAGAGGAAGUCCAAGGAGCCUCUGAUUACCAAGCUGAACCUCAUUCUCCAUCUCAGCCCCAGCGGCAUAUAGCACAAGGAGCUCCAGCACAAAGAGUGGAACCAACCCGUGGAGGUGAUCCGAGAAUACCUGACUUUAAUGAGGGUGAGGAUCCUGAAAGUUUUUUCAUACGUUUUGAACGCAUUGCUAAAACAUGGGGAUGGCAACCAGCUGAAUGGGCUGCUAGAGUGGUCACAUUAUUGACUGGAAAAGCCCUUGAGGCAUAUGCUGGAAUGGAUGAGGACCAAUCUGACUCUUAUGACGCUAUUAAAGCUGCUGUGUUGUCUAAGUUUAAUGUAACAGAAGAGACCUACAGAUUCCGGUUUCGAAGCAUCAGUGUUCCAGUGGGGGAGAGUGUACGUGAAACCUACGGUCGGAUAAAGGGACUCUACAAGCGAUGGAUGCGGCCUGACAGUCGGAGUAAAGAAGAGAUUGGGGAAACAAUCAUUUUGGAGCAGUAUCUUCGUGUGCUUCAACCAGACGUCCGCACAUGGGUGAAGGAGAACAAUCCAAAGACUGGAGAAGAAGCGGCAGACCUGGCUGAACGUUACCUGGCUGCUCACAGAGAACCUUUUAAGUCAAGAGAGACUGAGAGACCAAGGUCUAUGGAGGUAAAACCUCCAGGUGCAACUAAGGCUGACAACUUGGACAAGAGGGGUGGUAAGAAGUAUACACAGUCUGGACUAAAGUAUGGUCUCAUUUGUUACUAUUGUCAGCAGCCUGGUCACAAAGCUUCUUUAUGUCCAUUAAGAAAAAGUAAGUCAGUAGAGUUAUGUGUGGUACCUUCCAAAGAACAUAAUUAUGAACUUUCUGAUGACAUGAUUCCACAUAAAUAUGUAGUUGAUGUGGUGAUAAAUGGCAAAGCUGUAAAAGCUCUUGCAGACACAGGUAGCUCACAAACUCUGGUGAAAUCAUCCUUGUUGAGUAAUGUACUGCCUAACUUUAACAAACCGGUAAACAUUACUUGUGUUCAUGGAUGUCAGAAAGAGUAUCCAACUGCUGAUGUCACUAUUAAUGUUGAAGGACAAGCUUUUAUGUUGACUGUUGGAGUUUUGAAUCAGUUAGCAUAUGAUGUUAUCCUAGGAGAAGAUUUACCAAUCCUAGACAGUUUGGUUCAAGAAAACUCGGUGGCUUCUUCCUGUGCUGUCACCACACGUUCCAUGAAAAAGGGUUUAGAACCUCUGCCAGAUGUAGAUGAUGAUCUGUAUGAAGUAGGAAACAAAAUCAGGAAAUCAAAACGACAGCGUAGACAGGAGAAAAAUAGGAACAAAAGCAGGUCAAAACACCCUGAACCUGCAUUGCCAUUAACUCCAUGUAUUGAUUUCCAGUGGAAAAUUCCUAAUAACUUUAAAGAGAGACAAGAAAAUGAUCCAUCUUUGAAACCUCUCUUUAAUAAAGCAUAUAAAGAUGGUGGAAAAGAGAGUGCUGCUGAGUUUAAAAGUUUAGCAGGAGAGCCUUUCAUUAUAAGGGAUAAACUUUUGUAUCUAGCAGACAUUGAUGAACCCAGACUUGUUGUGCCAAAAGAAUACCGUUCAGUAAUUCUGCAUUUGGGUCACACUAUACCGUGGUCAGGGCACUUAGGACAGGCAAAAACUUAUAAUCGUGUUGCCCAACGUUUUUAUUGGCCAGGAUUAUAUAAAGAUGUAGUUGAAUACUGCAAAACAUGUCAUGACUGUCAGCUGGUGGCCCCUACUAAAGUUUCAGACCGUGCCCAGUUGCAGACAUUACCUAUAAUGAGUGUUCCUUACGAGAGAAUCGCCAUGGAUAUCAUAGGUCCUUUACCUAAGAGCAGUAAUGGCUAUAAAUAUGCAUUAGUCAUCUGUGAUUAUGCAACCAGAUAUCCAGAUGUUUAUCCAUUACGUUCUCUGCAGGUUAAACACAUUGUUCGGUGUUUAGUAGACCUUUUCUCCAGAGUUGGUAUCCCAAAGGAGAUUCUGACAGAUCAGGGUACCAAUUUCAUGUCACAGGUGAUGAAAACUCUUUAUGAUCAACUGGGUGUAAAAGGUAUUCGGACUACUCCAUACCAUCCAGAAACUGAUGGUUUGGUAGAACGAUUUAAUGGUACAUUAAAGCAAAUGUUGAGAAAGUUUAUUGAUGAUGCUGGCAAAAACUGGGAUAAAUGGUUGCCUUUCCUUUUGUUUGCUUACAGAGAAGUACCACAAGCCUCAACUGGUUUUUCUCCUUUUGAGUUGCUUUAUGGAAGACAGGUUAGAGGCCCUUUGGACAUGCUGAAGGAGAACUGGGUGGCUGGAGUGGCAUCAGGGUCCAGUGAAGCGGCUUCACCAACAAACAUCAUCUCCUACAUACUUCAGAUGAGAGACAACCUGGAAAAGUACAGAGAACAAGUUAAAGAUCAUAUGGAGAAGGCUCAACAUAAGCAAAAGGUAUGGUACGACAGACGUGCCCGUGAAAGAGAGCUGAAGACUGGCCAGAAAGUCUUAGUACUCUUGCCCAGUGGGCCAAGUAAGUUGCUUGCUAAAUGGCAAGGACCCUACACUGUGGUUAGAAGAGCAGGACCAGUGACUUAUGAAAUUAUCUGUCCAGAAAAACAAAAGUCAAAGCAACUGCUUCAUGUAAAUCUAUUAAAGGAGUAUCAUGAAAGAAAUGUUCCAGAAAUGGAUGUGAAGCAGAUCCUGAUGGUACAAGAUGUUCAGCCAGAAGACAGUGCUGUGUUGAAAGAUGGGGAAGCUGAAAUGAGUCCAUGCAGAGAAUUGACCAAAUCUGAAAAGGCUCCUAAGCAUCUGACUCCUGAUCAGUGGCAACAGCUGGGUGAGAUUAAACAGUCUUUUCCAUCCCUGUUUGCAGAUGUACCUGGGCGAACUGAAAUUAUAACACACAAAAUAACUUUGAAAGAUACAACACCUGUUCGUCUUAAGCCUUACCGGAUUCCAGAAAGAAUGAUGGAUCCACUGAAAAAAGAGGUCCAGAUGAUGCUGGAAAUGGGAGUUAUAGAGCCAUCAAGAAGUGAGUGGUCAAAUCCCAUUGUGUUGGUUCCUAAAAAAGACUCAAAUCAACUACGUUUUUGUUCUGACUUAAGAAAGUUAAACAGCAUUUCCUGUUUUGAUUCUUAUCCCAUGCCACGCAUUGACGAGCUACUGGAAAGACUGGGGAAAGCCAAAUACAUCACAACAUUAGAUUUAUGUAAGGGUUACUGGCAAGUGCCUUUAGAUCCAUCCUGUAAGGAAUACACAGCCUUUCAGAUUCCAGGAAUGGGUUUAUUUCAUUACACGGUUCUACCAUUUGGUCUUCAUGGAGCACCAGCUACCUUUCAAAGGUUGAUGGACAUUAUUCUUAGUGACUGUUCAAAGUUUGCUGCUGCCUACCUGGAUGAUGUUGUGAUCUACAGUGAAACUUGGGAGAAUCACCUACAACAUCUAAAGGUGGUAAUGGCAAGGAUCCAGAAUGCUGGUCUCACUCUGAAUGUGAACAAGUGUGCAUGGGCACAAGAAGAAGUAACAUAUCUGGGCUACCUUGUUGGCCAUGGACAGAUAAAGCCACAACUUGAAAAAGUAAGAGCCAUUCAAACGAUUCCCAGACCUCAAACAAAGAAGCAAGUGAGAUCAUUUUUGGGCUUAGUUGGGUGGUAUAGAAGAUUUAUACCCCAUUUCUCAACUUUGGCAGCCCCUCUGACUGAGUUGACAAAAAGGUCUACUUCUAAAAUUAUGUGGAAGGAGGACUGUGAACAUGCAUUUCAAUCUUUAAAGAAACUGAUUUGUCAAGCUCCUGUUUUACAGAGUCCUAACUUUUCCGAGCCGUUUAUUGUUCAAGUGGACGCUUCAAAUGUUGGUCUUGGAGCAGUGCUAGCUCAGGGAGAAGCUGGUGAAGAGAAACCUGUCCUUUUCUUAAGUAAAAAACUUUUUGACCGGGAGAAAAAGUACUCCACAGUAGAAAAGGAAGGACUUGCAAUAAAGUGGGCUUUGGACUCUUUAAAAUAUUAUCUCCUAGGAAGGGAGUUUACUCUGCAAACUGAUCACAGACCUCUGAAGUGGAUGCAUUCCAAGCAGCAUCAGAAUGCCCGUAUAUUACGUUGGUGCCUCGCCCUUCAGCCAUACCAGUUCACCAUACAGCAUUGUCCAGGUAAGAAAAAUCUUAUUGCUGACUACCUUUCUCGUUUACCUGAGUUUUGUAAACCAGAGGGGGAAGAAGUGAGUAAAUGUUAAGAAGCAAUAAUAUUUUCUGUAACAUUUAAAUUCUAGAAUGUGUAUGUGAUCCUUUUGUUUGUGAAAUGUUUGUUACCUUUUGGGUGUGUCCUUGUAGCGGCCAUCUUGGAACCUACCAAAGAGGAGGCCCGCCUCAAACCCAGCUCUUUUAUAGAAAGGUCCAUGUUUGCCGGACUUUGAUUGGCUGGGCAGUUAAUUGAGAAGGUGGGGACAACAGUAUAUAAGAGGACUGUUGGCUGAGCCAAAAGAGGGAGAAAGCUUGAGAAGAUGUCAUUUUUGUCUUGUCUGUGAGCCAUGCUGUGCUGAAGGAGGCCUAAUAAACCACCUUUGUUUAUGCUA